CAUCGGAAUCUCGUUUGUUUUUUGUUCUCGGAAGCCUUGGGCUUCCGAGUUUUGCUGCUUGAGCCGCUGGGUUCUCCGGCUGCUCAAGCUUGAUGGAGCCGGCGUGCUCCCUACUCCGACGACCACUUGCGGUCUGUCGGUCCGGCGGGAGGGAGUUGCUCGCUGGAAAUCCCAGAUCUGGCGGCCCUCUCCCAGAUCAGGUCCCCACCUGCACGGCGUCCCCCCCUCAGCGUCCUGGAGACUUGGUGCGCACCUCUUCCAUGAGUAGAUUGAAGGGUGUCCCGCUGUUGGAUCGGGCUCAUGCUUUCUUCCACUCGUUAGUUUUAGCUGCUGCUGUUGCUGCUUCUUCAUCAAAACAAACACAGAUCUGGGUUUUUCAAACCCAAAUCUGGGUUUGUCUCAAGCCCCGAUCUGGGUUUGAGACAAACCCAGAUCUGGUUGAUUCUUGGUCCUGAUUUUGCUAUUUUUCUUUGUCUUGAUGGAACUGGAACUAGAAUUUUGGUUCUUUGUAAACUAGUUCUUGCUGGUUUCUGUGCUGAUUUCGCCAGCAUUUUAGGUUUUGGUUUGCUACAUAUGGAGUCUCCAGUGGUUUGGUACUGUUUCUUUUUGAUUUAUUUGCAUCCAUGUGAGUUGACUUGGUUUGAUGAAAUUCGAAUACGUAUUUGAGGUUUUUUUUUAGAUUGUGAUUUAGUUUCUUUGUUGCCUUUCAAUGGUGUCAAAGGAGUCAUUUGGGUUUGAGAAAAACCUAGAUCUGGGGUUUGAUUUGGAGAGGAAGAGGAAGGGACAAGAGAGAGAGAAAGUGAAAGAGGAAGAAGAGAUGACAUGGAGGUUUUAUUGUUAACUGUGAUUUAGUUUCUCUUUUGUUGCGUUUUAGUGGUAUCUAAGGAGUCAUCGAGGUUUAAGAAAAACCCAGAACUGGG